CAUAUCAGCGUCCUUCAUUUUACAAUAUGGGGAGGGGAUGACAGAGAGCCAAUGGUAACCACACAAAUAUUUAGGAAGGACGCUCAGUUCUCACCAUACAAUUACAGCGUGACUACUGCCACCCCUGAAUUUCAUACCCAGCUAAUCCAAAAUUAUCACAUUUGCUUCCUGCACAAUAUAAAUUCUUCCAAAUUUAGCCUCCCCACAUACAGAUUCCAUUUCAAGGACACUAUUACCUGUAUGUCAGAUUUUCCUGCACUGAGAAUUUUCAUUGAAACUGAAGUUUAUAUAUACCAUAGCUGUGGGAACAUUUGUGAUGCAUAGCUUGAGCUCAUCAAAUGGGAAAAACAGACUAGAAAUAGUACACAAACUGCUUUGAAGAACUUGAGGUGUGAGCAGAGACGUGAUAACAUUAUGGCUUGUGCAGGAAAAUCCGUUGGCCUUAAAAACCUAUAUCUUCCAUCUCAUGUGGACAUUCCUUCUACAAAGAUUUUCAAUCAUCAUUUCAGCCCAAGAAGGCUAUUCUUGAAGAACCCAAAAGAUGAGAUGAAAUUGAUUGCUAUUGUGAGAAGAAAUUGGGGACAAGUCGUCUGUGCUUCUGAGCCAGAGUCAGCUAUAUCCACCUCCACUUUGAAAGAUUCCAAACCAGAAGCAAAAGCUAAAGUGGAAAACACUACAGUCAAACCAGUGAAAGAUACUAAACCAGAAGCAAACGCUAAAGUCGAAAGCACUGCAGUCAAACCAGUGAAAGAUAUCACCAAUGCUCAAAAGGCUCCAACAGAGGUGAAGGAAAAUGCAACAUCUGUCAAACCCGCUCCACCAAAAGCAAAAGUGGCAGCAGCAACAAAAGCUCCACCUAAACCUUUGCCUGAAAUGAUGGCAGAGGAAGUUAUCCCUGCAGUAAAGGCUAUACUUGAAAAGGAAGAGGAUAUUUCUGAUAUUGAGCUUGCAUUUGAAGACAACAAGCUGGAAGGAAGCUUUGCAAAGGGAGAAAUACCUUAUAGCUUUUGGGUGUUCUUUCUGGAUGGGACAGUUCAGGGUCUAAAGGCAUUUUCACUUACAUCAUAUGGCGCACCACCUAGCACUUUUGAGCCCUUCCUUACAAUUGACAGGAAACCUACAUCAGCUUCGAUAACUUUUGGGAUUCACAAACGACUGAGUGCUCAGAGGAUUCUGCCUGAAAAACCAGUAGAAACUAAGCAGUAACGUUGGCUAUGAUUGUAAUUCAUAAGGUUCAGUACAAAAUUUUCAAGAGAAAAUGAAACUUUACUCCCCGGCCGAGGUUCCUAUGUAGCUAAUUAAUAUUCAUUGUAUUGGCUACUGGUGGGAUGCACCUCAUUCAAAAGAAGUGUUUUUGUUUUUUUUUUAUCGAAAAGCUGUUUGGAUAUCUAUUAAUCAAGCAUUAAACUAGAAGUUACACAUGUA